UCCCGAGCGUUCCAUCGGCGAUUGUUGCGCGUCGCCCUCCCUUUCUUGCCCCCUCGCCAGCGUUCCAGGCGCGCGCGGAGGAAGAGGAGGCGGCGGAGGAAGGCAUGUCAGAACAGCGCCUCUGCCGCCGCUCGUCGCCGCUUCCUUCCCGGCGCGUGUAAACAAUAAAGAGAGAGAGGGGGGAAAAGUGUCACGGGCCGCCGCGGCCGGGGGAAAAAAGGGAAUCGGAGCCUGCGGGGCCGAUCGCCUUCUCCUCCCGCUCCGCACCAGCUGCCCGCGGCUCGAGGCGCAGGGAAGAGGCCGGCGGCUGCGUGCGCCCCCAGUCCGGGAGAAGCCUCCCCGUCUCCUUGCGUAUGGAGGGUCUGUACUCGCUGGCGGUGAGCCUCUUCUCGGACCAAGGAGGGAGGAAAUACAUGGAGGACGUGACCCAGAUCCUGGUGGAGCCGGAGCCGGAGCCGGAGGAGAAGGAGGGCGCCGCCUGCGAGAGCCGCGGGAGGGGAGUCGGAGGCCGGGCGGCAGGGGCGCCGACGGAGCCGGCCGCGGCGCCCUCCGUGCCGGCGCCCCGGGCGGCGGGCUCGGCCCGCUCGGUGGCUUUCUUCGCCGUCUGCGACGGCCACGGCGGCCGGGAAGCGGCCCAUUUCGCCCGGGAGAACCUCUGGGCGUUCAUCAAGAAGCAGAAGGGCUUCCGAUCCCAGGAGCCGGCCGCCGUCUGCGCGGCGCUGCGCAAGGGCUUCCUCGCCUGCCACCGCGCCAUGUGGAAGAAGCUGCCAGAAUGGCCCAAGACUCUGACAGGUCUUCCGAGCACAUCAGGGACGACAGCCAGUGUGGUAAUAAUCCGGGGUUCGAAGAUGUACGUGGCUCAUGUCGGGGACUCAGGUGUGGUUCUUGGAGUCCAGGAUGACCCCAAAGAUGACUAUGUCCGGGCCGUGGAGGUGACGCAGGAUCACAAACCUGAGCUCCCAAAGGAGAGGCAGCGGAUUGAAGGUCUUGGGGGCAGCGUGAUCAAUAAAUCCGGCGUGAAUCGGGUUGUGUGGAAACGGCCUCGUCUGACUCACAAUGGUCCUGUGCGACGAAGCACCGUUAUCGACCAGAUUCCCUUCCUGGCAGUGGCCCGGGCCCUUGGCGACCUGUGGAGUUACGAUUUCUACAGUGGGGAGUUCGUUGUCUCUCCGGAGCCGGACACAAGUGUACACACGCUAGAUCCUCAGAAGCAUAAAUACAUAAUUUUGGGCAGUGAUGGGCUGUGGAACAUGAUCCCACCGCAAGAAGCUAUUUCCAUGUGCCAGGACCAUGAAGAGAAAAAGUAUUUUAUGGGAGAACAUCAACAGUCCCUGGCCAAAAUGCUGGUGAACCGAGCGCUGGGCCGGUGGAGGCAACGCAUGCUCCGUGCAGAUAACACCAGCGCCAUCGUAAUCAGCAUAUAUUCGGGCCGGGGACGCCGCAGCUGCUGCCCACAAAGCGAGGAGGAGCUGUGCUUCAACUUGGCCGAGGGACCUUUCUACAGCAGCCCCGAAGUAUGGACGAUAACCCCUUCGCGCUGCUCUACUCCCCCAGUGAAGGUUUUAGAAGAUGACUUGUGGCCACGGUUGAGUUCCCCUGAAGGUCUCCCUUUAUUCACCUGUAGCAACGCUGUAUCGGGUAAACUUCCUGAGCCACCCAGCGAGGGGAUAAAGGACAAUGACGGUGUGCCAUUAGGAGUAGCUUGCUCGAGAGAGUUGGUGCCACCGGAUGAGAAGGGCAGCAAAGCACUAGGAUUGCAGGUGCACGAAUCGUACGGCCGAAACCCACCCGGGACCCUGUCUCCCUCCAAUGCCAGGAAUAUGGGUCCAGAACCCAAAGCCUUCAAGGUCUCCCCAAGCGAUCCAUCCAAAGCACAGGAGGCAGAGAGGACUCCGGCGGUGGCCAGCUUUAAAAGGACAUUAGAAGAAUCCAACUCAGGGCCUGUGGUGAAGAAACCUAGACGGGGCCUGACCCGGAACCUUGGAGGCCAGCCUGAACCCCUCUCUUCAACCUCCCAGCACAAAAACACCAACAGGCUUGCCAUGCGCCGCAGUGUGCGAGGACAGAAAAAGCUCGGGAACUCAUUAUUCCACCAGCCUAGGAAAGCCCUGUGUGUUUGCUGAAUGAAGCCCCUCUGUCUCAGCCAGAAUUCCAGCCCAGCUCAAACGUUACAAAUCUGGCUGCAGAUAAUUUGAAGCUGCAAUUUUGUUCUUUGCUCACUUUUUCUUUUCAUUAUUAUUAUUAUUAUUAUUAUUAUUAUUAUUAAUGUAGAAGACUGUUUUGGGGGGUAUUCAGACAGCUUUAUCCCAACCUUGUACUCACCUGUAAUAUAACUGUGAAUUUUGUAGACGUUCUUAGGAUUAUAAAGAGUUUGCUGUAAAAAUGUGUGUAAAUUUAUAUUCCUUCAUACGACUUGUAGUCUCGUUCCUUGAUUUCUUGCAUUGUUGUUGUUACGACAGGGCUAAAAAGAAAACAUUAUAAAACUUGGGGUUGGAUGGUUUUUUUUUUAAAAUGGUUGGGGGAUUAAUUUAGUACAAAGUAAUGAAUUUGUAUAAACUUCCUGUGAUGACCUCACGCCUUUUUAACAAAAGUAAAUUAUUAAACAGAAUGGAAGAUACGUAUUUUCGUAGUACUUAAUACGUUUUGCCUGGAAUGUGCCCUAUUAGAGAAUAUAAUAGUAGGUCUAUUUUUUUCCUUUAUUAACUCUUAGAUUUCUCUAUUUAGGUGAAAUGUGAGCUGAAAAGAUGUCGAGCCUUCACAACAGCUUUAUGCUGGAUUCUGUACUUUAAUUGAAAUACUAUGCAGUACUUACUCUGGCUGUAUUUGCAUUUGGUUUUCGUUUGUUUGUUUGUUAAGAUGAAGGGCCAGUACUUUAGCUAAAGAAGUUUUUCUCCAUCAAUUCUUGGGUUCCCAAUUCCUGGGGCUAUUUUUUGAAGUUCUCUUUUGGUGAUAUACUUGGAAAUACGA